CCUGCAGCCAUGUCAGCCUUCAACCUGGUCAUUCUGGGCCUGCUCACCUCAGUGCCACCUGCCAGCUGUCAACAAGGUUUGGGGAACCUGCAGCCCUGGAUGCAGGGCCUCAUCGCAGUGGCCGUGUACCUGGUUCUUGUUGCAAUUGCUUUUGCCGUUAACCACUUCUGGUGCCAGGAAGAGCCGGAGCCUGGAAACAUGGUCAUGACUGUUGGGAACAAGGCAGAUGGGAUCCUGGUGGGAAUGGAUGGAAGGUACUCCUCUACGGUGGCCAGCUUCAGGUCCAGUGAGCACAAAAAUGCCUAUGAGAAUGCCCUGGAGGAGGAGGAGAGCAAGGUUCGCAGCACCGCCAUGUGA